UUUACUCAUCAAAUUCAUCGACGACUUGGAUCCAAAUCCCCCUUUUCGUGUCAACAUUUCUUCAAACCAAAUCGAAAUUGCAAGUUUCAAUCGAUAAAAAGAUGUUGGAGAAGAUCGGAUUGCCUCCGAAACCAUCGCUGAGAGGAAACAAUUGGGUGAUCGAUGCCAGUCAUUGUCAAGGAUGUUCUUCUCAGUUCACUUUCAUCAAUCGCAAGCAUCAUUGCCGAAGAUGCGGAGGCUUGUUUUGUGGCAGCUGUACCCAGCAAAGAAUGUACUUACGAGGACAGGGCGAAUCACCCGUUCGUAUUUGUGACCCCUGUAAAACUUUAGAGGAAGCAGCACGCUUUGAAAUGCGAUACGGUCACAAGAAUAAAUCCAGAAAAGGGGGUUCAAAACUUACAUCUGAUAAUGAGGAUGAUGUCAGCGUUAACGGGUCAGUUUCAUCAGAUAAGGAGUCGGUUCCAAGUGCGUCAGUUUCUAACAGUGACAUGGAGUUUGACCUGGAGUCAACUACUCCUGAAGAACUGAGGCAACGGGCCGUAGAGGAAAAAAACAAGUAUAAAGUUUUGAAAGCUGAAAAGAAGCCUGAAGAAGCGUUAAGAGCUUUCAAAAGAGGAAAAGAACUUGAAAGACAAGCUGCAGCGUUAGAGAUCGAACUGAGAAAAAACCGGAAGAAAGCGGUUUCAUCCGCCAGUGCGAACGAGAACUCAAAAGCUGCAGAUGAGAAAAAACCGAAAGACAAAGAUGAUCUUGUUAGUGAACUCAGAGAACUUGGAUGGUCAGAUCAUGAUCUUAACGAUGCUGAUAAAAAGCCCGUAAGUAUGACUUUAGAGGGCGAAUUAUCAUCUCUGCUUAAAGAAGUUUCACAAAAGAGUAAUAAACCUGAAAAGGGUAAUGUUGGAAUUGACCGAUCGGAAGUUGUUGCUAUUAAGAAAAACGCACUCGCGCUUAAACGUGAAGGGAAGCUUACCGAAGCGAAAGAAGAGUUAAAGCGAGCUAAAAUACUUGAAAAGCAAAUUGAAGAGCGAGAAUUGUUAGGUGAUGAUGAAGAUUCAGAUGACGAAUUCGCUUCGUUGAUUCGUAGCAUGGAUAUCGAUAAACAAGAUAUUCUAGCACACGGGAAUGAUCGGAAUCCUAACCUUGACUUUGAUCAUCUUCUUCGCAUGGACGAUGGGCCCCACCUCGAUGGUAACUUUGACGUAACCGAAGAAGAUAUGGACGACCCUGAAAUGUCGGCUGCUUUGCAAUCUUUAGGGUGGACUGAAGAUCAUGAUGCUGUUGAUAAAGAGUCGCGUUUAAGUGAAAUACAGUCGUUAAAACGAGAAGCGCUUGAUAAAAAACGAGCUGGUAAUACCGCAGAGGCACUUGCCUUGCUCAAACAGGCGAAACUGCUUGAAGCUGAGGCUGGUGGGACCCAUGACACUCGAGAAAACGAUGAUGCGUCGGUUUCAAAAUCGAAACCUGAUUUCGACCAUAAAUUGGCAUCAAAAAGCAAGUUGGAAAUUCAACGAGAGCUUCUUGCUUUGAAGAAAAAAGCACUUGCUUUAAGGAGAGAAGGGAAAGUGGAUGAAGCGGAUCAAGAAUUAGCGAAAGGGAAAGCUCUCGAGCAGCGACUUGAGGAAUUGGAAAACGGUUCGAAAGUUAACAUGCCUAAAGUCAAACCCGCAAGCAUGAAGCACGCUGACUUUUCCGCACCAAUAAUGGACGCUGUUGAAGAUCAAGGAGAAGAUGUGACCGACACAGAUAUGAACGAUCCAUCGUAUCUUGCACUUCUCGAGAAUUUAGGUUGGCAAGAUGACGUGGCGGUAGAGGCCGCACCACCAAAACAACAAAAAGUGGCACCGAAGAAAAGUAAAGCCGAGAUUCAACGGGAACUUUUAGCGUUAAAAAGAAAGUCAUUGGCUUUGAGACGCCAAGGGAAUGUCGAUGAAGCCGAAGAGGUGUUACAAGCUACGAAAGAUUUAGAAGCCCAAUUGGAAGAACUUGAUACACCAAGUCAACAAACGACGUUGACCAGCAGUUUACCUGAAAAACCAGUUGUUAGUGAGGUUUUUGUACUUGAAAAACCUCGAACGGGAAUCAAGGAAGAAUCUUCUGGAUCAAUGAGUACCGAAAAACCUCAAGUUCCGGUAACUGAGUCAAACUCGGUCCAACAGCAAAUCUUGGCUCACAAAAGAAAAGCGGUUAGUUUGAAAAGGGAAGGGAAGUUAGCGGAAGCUAAGGAGGAGUUAAAGCAGGCGAAACUUCUAGAAAAAGAGAGUAUGGAUGUGCAUAAUAAGUCACCGGACGUGCAUACAGAGGAUACAAACAAAACCCCGGUUCCGAGCACUAGUAAAGUGACAAAGAAGGAAGAAACCGAUGAUACUCCUCCACCUAAACUGUCAUCGCGUGAACGUUUUAAGUUACAGCAACAAUCUUUAACCCACAAGAGGCAAGCGCUAAAGCUGAGAAGGGAAGGUAGACACGAGGAAGCAGAGGCAGAGUUUGAAUUGGCCAAGAAUCUUGAAAGUCAACUAGAAGCCGCUAAUGAGUUGACCAAACCGGCAGAACCUGUUGACGAUGUCGGUAUUGAGGAUCUUCUCGAUCCGCAACUUUUAUCUGCUCUUAGAGAAGUAGGAAUAGAAGGCCCUCUUGCUCAGUCUUCACCUGAGAAGACCGAGCCGGUUAGGACUAGACCCGUGGUCAACAAGACUCAGGCUGAGCCCGUCAAAGCUAAACUGGUGGUCAACAAGAGUGAGACAGCAGAGCUGGAAGAACAGAUCAAGGCCGAGAAGGUUAAGGCUUUAAAUUUGAAACGUGCGGGAAAGCAAGCGGAGGCUUUGGAUGCUCUUAGACGCGCUAAAGUGCUUGAAAAGAAGCUAAAUUCUUUAGCUUAAACUUAAUGUUGAGAAUAUAUGAAGAUAUUCACCUUGUAUGUUAUUCUGGUAACAAUAUAUUUUUUUAAACUGAUGUCGUUUUUUAUUCGAAAACGUACUUAUUGUUCCUACAUCUUUCGGGUAAAUAAAAUUUGCAUACAGUUCGUAAGAA